AUGCUCCGACUCUUCUCGCGAACGCUUCCAACAACGGCCAAAUCAAUCUUACCAGCACUCUUACGAACAAAUCGAUUCGUCUCUAGGACUUCAUACCAAAUCGUCAGAAGUAUGGGCAACGGAAAGGCUAGCAACGAGGACCUGAAGGGCUCCAAGCUCUUCGAUGUUUCCCACGUCACAGCUCUUGUCACCGGUGGAGGUACCGGUAUUGGUCUGAUGAUCACACAAGCGCUGGUUGCAAACGGCGCAAAGGUGUACAUUACAUCAAGACGCGAGGAGGUCUUGAAGAAGACUGAAGAGCUCUACAACGGCGGCCCAGGCCAAAUCAUUCCCCUCGUAGCAGAUGUUAGCGAAAAGGACGACGUAAAGCGUCUCUACGACGACAUGUGCCAAAAAGAGCCCAAGGGAAUCCAAAUCCUCGUCAACAAUGCUGGUAUCGCGCGCGACGACAACACCAAGUUUUCCACAAAUGGCCAGCCCAACAUGGAAAACCCACAAGCCAUUUCCGACCACUUCCUCAAGUCGGAGCCUAUGCAGUGGGCUGACACCAUGAAGACCAACGUCGGAAGCAUCUACUGGAUGUCCAUGACCUUCUUACCGCUUCUGGCUAAGGGCGGUAAUGUGACUCCAGGAUACAGCUCCCAGGUCAUCAACGUGAGCAGCAUCUCUGGCUACAUGAAGGGUAGCAGCAACGGACAGUUUGCGUAUGCUUCAAGCAAAGCGGCGGCGACGCACUUGAGUCGUAUGUUGGCGACUACCUUUACCAGCACCAAGGUUCGCGUCAACACCAUUGCUCCUGGUGUCUUCCCUAGUGAGAUGACUACUGGUGGUUCCGACGAAGACAACAAGAGCCGCAUCGAGUCGGGCAUGUCUAACCCUGCCGGUCGGCCUGGAGCCGACACCGACAUGGCUGCAACAGUGCUUAUGCUGGCUGGACCAGGUGGCGUCUUCUACAACGAGCAGGUCUUGUAUCCAGAUGGUGGAAGCACGCUUUCGCAGCCUGCAGCGCGGGCUUGAGCGUAGUACCCAGCGAGCAGCCUCACGGGUAUCAUUAUCCAUGAUUAAGUAGCAAGAAAAAUAUAAUAAUACCGAAAUACACAA